GGCCAAGAAUGAUGAAAGCGAGUUUGCUAAUUUUGCUCUUCGUCAGCGUUGAACUUCUUGCCGCUUUGCCGGCCAGUAAUGGUGGCCCCAAAUGGGCAUCAAGCUAUUCCGUGCAAGGGACACUCUACUUGCCUUACGCUAAAAUAGUCGAACCAUUUAAAGCUUAUUUUUCAGCGAAUAAGAGCAGAAUCGAAUAUUAUAAUGGCAUGGAUAUCGUUCUCCAACGGAGCGAUAUGAUGGCUCAUGGUGCCAAAUACGAAUUAGUACCUGAAACUACCGAGAAAUUCACCAAUGUCCGCCAAUGCUUUAGCAUUAAAGGUAGCAAAGCUGCUCCAGUAACACCACAAGCCAUCUUACCAGAUUUAAGCAAAUUUAGCAAGACUGGCACCAAAACCUACAACAAAAUCAAAUGCGAUGUCUGGACCUACAAAAAUAAGCAAAUGGGCCGUGUCAACACCUAUACUAUGUAUGUAACCCAAGGUUCCAAGCCAUCGCCAGUCCAUUAUAUCAUGGAAGGCUACGAUUCCUUGCUAGGAUCUCAUUAUGAUGAGUACAAAUUAGAUUAUAAGAAUUAUAAAGCUGGAAAAAUAGCCGACAACAUGUUUGAUCCACCUAAAAAAAUGAAAUGCCAUGGUUUCCCUGGACCUGGCUUGGAAGCCGAUAUGAUUUCUUCACCCAUGCAACAAUUUAUUGAUCAUGAAGCUGAAGAUACUAUACCUCGCAUCUUUCAUCAUUUUGCUAGUAAACAUCAAAAAAAUUAUAAAGAUGAAAGAGAAAGAAGAUUCCGAGAAAAUACUUUUAGGCAAAAUCUACGCUUUAUUCAUUCUACCAAUCGUCAACGACUUGGUUUUACUGUCAAAGUCAAUCAUUUAGCUGAUUUAACCGAUAACGAGAUUAAAGUCAUGAACGGCAGGAAAACGAGCUUGAAGAAAAGUAAAACUUACCAAAUGCCAUUUAAUCUAACUGGAUUAGAGAGGUAUGUUGCUCCAACCAUCGACUGGAGGAAAUUGGGUGCUGUCACACCGGUCAAGGAUCAAGGUGUUUGUGGCUCGUGCUGGUCUUUUGGUACUACUGGCACCAUCGAAGGUUCUCUCUACUUGAAAUCCGGUAAAUUAGUCAGUUUAUCCCAACAAAAUAUGAUUGAUUGCACAUGGGGCUUUGGCAACAACGGAUGUGAUGGUGGUGAAGAAUUUAGGGCUUUCGAAUGGAUCGCCAAACAUGGUGGUAUCGCCACUGAAAAAAGCUAUGGCCAAUACCUUGCUCAAGAUGGCAAAUGUAAAUUGAACAAGACUAAAAUUGGUGCUAAAAUCCGUGGUUGGGUACAAGUACCACAUGGUAAUCAAUCCGCUUUAAAAUUAGCUGUAUCUGCUGUCGGACCUGUUGCUGUAGGCAUGGAUGCUGCUUUAAAGUCAUUCUCUUUCUACUCAUCUGGUAUUUACUACGAUAAACAAUGUGGUAAUAAGGAACAAGAUUUAGAUCAUGCUGUUUUAGCUGUUGGCUACGGUAAUGAAAAUGGCCAAGAUUAUUGGAUUAUCAAAAAUUCUUGGUCUACUCAUUGGGGAGACGACGGAUACGUUAAACUAUCCAUGAAAAAUAACAAUUGUGGUAUCGCGACCGAUGCUUCUUUCGUCAACAUCAUGUAGUUGGACAAGCUUUCACUAGCUUUAGACUGUAAUUGGCAGUAUUUUGUAAAUGAUCUCUUUGAAAGUUUUAAUUCUAUCUGAUAACCAUAGAUAGCCUAUGCAUCGUGUAUAAUUGUUCGUCAUGGUAUUUAUGCACUUCUUGGCUGAUAUAUUUUUUUUAACUCGUUUAUUCACUUGAUGAUAUAGAAAGAUCUCAAGUCGUUGUCCAUGUGAUGAUACCCUAUUACUGAUUAAUCUAUUAUGUGAUUGCUCUUUUUAAUUAGUUAAUCUCAUAAUUGAUCAUUCUAUUCUCGCAAACUAUUGCGAUAAAGUAUCACUCAACAGAUACAAAUAUUGUACUUAAAAGAAUUAGAUGUCUAUGUGCAAAGUCCGAUUCUAGUUAAACUAUUCUAGAAAUAAAAUGAGAGUAGAUUCAUAA